GGCUGGUCGGUCACCUGGAUCAUAGACUGGCUACAGGGAUGGAGGACAGAGCUGGAGCCCACUCCCUACCUUUGUGCCUUCACUCAGCUUCCAUGGUGCUGGGAGGGCCCCUGCCCAAGGGACAAAAGCAACUGCAGAGGAUUGUCAUCUAGGUCAGCAUUCUCACUCAACCUGUGGGUCGAGACCCCUUUCCCAGGGGUCCCGAAGACCACCAGAAAACAUAGGUACUUACAUCCUGAUUCAUAACAGCAGCAAAAUUACAGCCAUGAAGUAGCAACAAAAUAAAUUUAUGGUUGGGGGUCACCACAGCAGAAGGGACUGUAUAAAAGGGCCACAGCUCUAAGAAAGUUGAGAACCACUGUUGUAGAGGCUGAGGCCUACACGUUUGAGGAUCAAGGUGUUUAGUUAGUGAGCCCUGCCCCUGGCUGUCUCAGAAAGGGCAACACAGGACGUCUGCUGAGGGCAAUGGCAGGUAGAACCCUGGCCCUGUGUGAGGUGAGGCUGGUUGCCAGGUGACUGUCCCAGGGCAUCCACCCUCUGUCUCUGCUUGCUGUCCUCACUCAGCAAUAGCCACCCCAAUACUGCUCAUUCCCCUGUCACCAUGUCGAGGCAGCUCAACAUGGACACCCUGCGGCAAAACUUCUGGAAGGAAGAGUACCUCCGAGAGAUGAAGUUGCGCUGUGAAUGGCACCGCAAGUAUGGGACUCUGGUGAAGGCCAAGCAGAAGGCCAAGGCUGCGGCCCGGCUUCCCCUCAAACUGCCCACCCUGAUGCCUAAGGCCCCAGGCUCACCACCACCUGUCUCCAAAACAGCCCCUUCCAAGGCCCCCAGCCCUGUCCCAGAGGUUCAUUUUCAGUCAGAAAUGUACCCAGUGUCUCCUGACACCAAAGCCCUGCUGUAUGAAGGCAUCUCCCAUGACUUUCAGGGGCGCUACCAGUAUCUCAACACCCGAAAACUGCACCUGCCAGAGACGCGCUACCUGUUCCCCAUCACCACCAACUUCACAUACGGCUGGCAGCUGGGCCCUGCCACAAAGCAAGAAAUGGUCUCUUGCAAGAUGUGCCGUAUUGAGUCAUUCUUCCGGAAGAAUGGGGCCUUUGCACUGCUGGACCCCCGAGACCUGGCCCUCUGA